AUUGGAUACUUGACUGAUCCUUUAGAGUCAUUGACUAUACUGUACAAUGCUUCGAACUAGUACUCUCCUUCGCCAAGUCCCUGUGGCUUGUCGGACACUCGCUUUGGCGCCCGCUUCGAGGCGGACGUUCACGUCUAGCUUGCUAAGGCUCAAACCUGCUUUGACAAGUAAGGGUACUGAUGUUUCAGGUUCAGCUGGCGUGGAGGGUCUUCAUAGAAAGGACACGCCGUCAGCUACGGCAGUUCUUGAGACACAAUCUGGUGAGAAAGUAGAUGUCUCAGCUGGUGUCCCUUCAAUUGUGAAGGGUGACUGGGUUCUCUUCCACCCUGUUUACUCUCCUGAAGAGCUUCGUGCUGUGCAAGUGUUGCAUCACGAAGCUAAGACCUUCUCAGACAAAAUUGCGGUCUAUUUCGUAAGGCUUCUAAGAUGGUCCUUCGACUUAGUUUCUGGUUAUAAACACAAACCUCUCCCACCAAACAGCAACAAUAUGUCGCUUGAGGAAUUGCGAGAGGGUGGUUAUAUCAUGACCGAACAUGCGUGGUUGAGUCGAAUGCUCUUCUUGGAGAGUAUUGCCGGCGUACCUGGUAUGGUAGCUGCUACGCUUCGUCAUCUUCGAAGUCUUCGUCUCAUGAGACGAGAUGCUGGUUGGAUCCAUACCCUCUUAGAAGAGGCCGAGAACGAGCGUAUGCACCUAAUGACUUUCAUGGCCGUCCGUAAACCUUCUUGGUUCUUCCGUAUGCUGGUGCUUGGGGCACAAGGAGUUUUCUAUAAUUUAUUCUUCUUCUCAUAUCUGGUAUCCCCACGUACCUGCCACCGAUUCGUCGGCCUUCUUGAAGAAGAGGCAGUAGUUACCUAUACCCGGUGUAUCCAGGAAAUAGAGGCCGGCCAUGUACCAAAAUGGGAAAACUACCCAGCACCCGCCAUCGCCAUUGACUACUGGCGUAUGAAACCCGAUGCCAAACUCUUGGAUGUCAUCUACGCCGUCCGAAGUGAUGAGAGCACUCAUCGGUUUGUCAACCAUAGUCUGGCGAACAUCAAUCCAGACAAGGACGUGAAUCCGUUUGCGCUUCGGGAACCUAACAUGCUCGUCAAAGGCGGAAAGCUUGCGUUUGAGAGGGACGAGGCGGAGCAAUAUGUCGAGGAAUCUCUGCACAUGAUCGACGAAGGUCGACAGAAGCACGACGAUCCUCAACAGAGCCAACAUCAGCAGAGUCAACAUCGCCAAGCUUGAGACUGUCUCUAGUCUCGUUUCGGCAUUUACCUUCUGUAACUUUCUUGGCUCGCAUCUCGAUUAUUCUAGGAUCUCACGGACUUCUUCACACACCCCCGCUCGUACCUUAUUGUAUCAGUGUCUUUACCCGACUCGGACGAGAAUUUGGCGUCUUCGUUCGGAAUGCAGUCGCUGUCAUAUGUCGUGUAUUUCUACCAUUUGCUACCACAUCUCUACUCUGAUGAAUAUUAUUGAAUGACCAUAUGACUUCAAUCUCGUCCGGACUUGGGUAGGGCUUGGAGAGUGUGCAUCCAACCCAAGUCCAACUAGUAUUCGUCGGUUAUUGAGAGUCGUGGAUACCUCGAAAGAUUUCAAGCUGUGUAGAGAGUCCGGUGUGUCGUGUGAUGAAACUCUCAACCGUAUGUUCAGCCUGCAAUUGUGCAUUUAUCGAGAAUCGUGAUUCCC